AUGCAACAACAAACAAGAAAUGAAUCGACUAGUGGUGUACCUAGUCGAUUAUAUAGUGAUGAUAAAGUUAGUUUACUUAAAAGUUCAGCUGUUGAAAUAGUGGUUUAUUCAUUAAAUACAUUACUGGAUCCGAAAAUUCACACAUUUACAAAUUAUUUAUCACUUGAUCAACGUGCUUUGGUUGAUGAUCAAGUAAUGCCACUUGAUCCAUUACUUACAAAAGUAUGUGGUAAAGAAAUAUUUAAUCGUACACGAAGUUUUUUAAUUUCAAUGUGUUAUUUACAUAUUGAUGAAGUAGCAUCAACAUUAUUAGUACCGAUUAUUUUAUUUUCACCUGAUCGUUUAAAUAUAAAACAUCUUGAUUUGGUUAAACGUUUAUAA